AUGUGGUGGUAUCUUCUCUACUUCGCGGUUGCGGCCAACGCCGUCGCCUUCACCUCUCCCACUGCGACAAUUGCCAGCAACAAGCAAAACGCCCCGUUCAAAAUCCCAGAAACAACGAAGGUUCCCCCCGUAGAUGGUGGACGCGCUCGCAAACUGGUUCGUCGGGCGACCACUACAGAGGCGCCAGCUUCAGUCUGUGGUUACUUUGCAGGCUCCAAGCAAUCCCGUCUGGCUUGCUACAAUAGCAAUGCCUGCGUCUUCCAUUCCUCCAACGCCAACUUCCCCGCAAUGAUGGGCUGCUGUCCGACGGUGUCCACCACCACGCAUUGCACGUUUAUCAGCACCUGCUACGGCAGCUCUCAGCUCGCAGAAACCUCAUCACUUCGCGCCUAUUCCAAUGAUCCGUUUGUGAUGCUGUGUACCGGCGACCAAGACCCGCACUGCCACACUAGGACUUGGCCCGGUCUCUCCAUCGCGGAUUAUAAAUGUACCCAUUCAGCCUCCUCAGGCGCUGAGACGAUGUUCACCAUCGGCUCUCUGACCGAUGUCACGAUCGAUGCGGACCAGAUUACGGAAACCAUGACGAUUUCCUGGGUCGACGACUCGGUUUUAUUGGCGAUCCGGGGUCCCUCUGCUACGGGGAUUACCGGUACCGAGACCACAGGUCCACAAACCACAGCGACAGAGAGCGGAACCGCACAACCACAACCAGGAGACGACAACAGCGACUCUGAUGAAGACUCCGACUCAAAGGCGUCGACAGGAACGAUUGUCGGCGGUGUUAUUGGCGGCGUUGGCGGCGUGCUUGUUGUUGUUAUCAUCGUACUGUUUGUCUGGAGGUCUAAGCGGAAACGGGCGGCGGAAACAACGGAGACGGUCGCAGAUAAGGCUGACCCGGAGCCACCAUCACCCUUUGAUGGGGGUGGUGGUGACACGGAGCCUAUGAUUCAUGAAAUGCAUGACAUUGACGCCCGCCAGCGACAGGAGCUGAUGCCAGAACGAACCUAUGUAGAACUGCCUGCACCGGAAGUGCGACACCAGCUCGAAUAG